AUGGUAAGGUCGGACUUGCCGGGCCAAGCCAAAUUGUCGUUGCUGCUUGACUUUGACCGGAUGUUCGGGCUGGACCUGGAUACGGUGCCCAGUUCCUAUCAGCUUCCUGAGUCAAUCGUGACGGCCGCGGCGCAGCGUAGCACAUUGAGGGAGCAGGUCAACUUUGCCACUGCCGAUACUCUUCGGGAGGAGCUUGCUACCAGUGGCUACGUGGUACAGGACACCCCCCAGGCAACGAGGAUUCGCCCCAAGACUCCCCUGGAACAGCAGGAAGAGCGCUGGGACUGGGUUUCUUCUUCCCGGGAAGUUGAAUCAGCUCUGGAUUCUCCGGACCUGUACGAUUUCACAUUUGUCCUAAAUGCCUACAAUUACGCUGAUGACGUGAGCAGAUGUAUUAGGGCGAUGCGGAACCAUUCGCAUGGUUUCAGCGUCGAGAUCAUCGCGAUAGACAACGGUUCCACCGACGAAACCGCCGAAUGGUUAGAAGGGUACAAAGAUCAAGACCCCCACAUCCAGGUCGUUCACUGCGACCACGUUAUUGGCGAUGCCGCUGGCAAGAACAUCGGGGUAAAGCUAAGCCGGGGCAAGCACGUGAUCAUCCUUGAUGCGUCCACGGAAAUAACGGGCGACGUUCUUGGUACGAUAGCCGAGCAAUUGGCUGAUGAAACCGUGGGAAUCUUUGGGCCCUACGGCCUUACUACCGAUGAUAUGCAGCACUUCCACGAAGAAGUGGAGAAGGGCGAGGCCGACGCAAUGCAGGCCUAUUGCAUGGCAUUUCGCCGUGAGGCCGUGAGGAACGUAGGGUUGAUGCACGAAGGCUUCCGCUUUUACCGGAACCUGGACAUAGAUUACUGCUUCCAGUUUAAGGAAAAAGGCUACCGGGUCGUGGCGGAUAGCAGCCUGCCUAUGGUGAGGCAUGAGCAUCGCCAGUGGACCGAACUGGAUGACGCCCAACGAGACGAAAUGAGCCGCAAGAAUUUCGGGCGAUUCCUACGCCGUUGGGGUAACCGUCCGGACCUCUUGAUCUCAGGCAGCGCCCGGGGCUUCGAGACCGGAUUCCACCACUAA